GAAAGCAACCGAUUAGCGUUUUUUUGCCGCCUCCGAAUAACCGCUUAAGACCAUUAAGCCCGAAGUUGUCAUCUCAAUUUAUAAAUAGCGUUUAAAAAGGCAACACACACUCGAGCCGAGCGCGCGUCAUUUCAACCCUGACAUGUAACAAUGUUAAACACAAACGAAAUGAUCUACGACCCACCUCCAGUGGCUCACCUGAGCCAAGCCGAACUAAUGGAAAAAUUCAAUCUCGCAUUUUACGAAGGCCAGAACAUGAAAACUUUCGAAGAACCCGAAAUCAAAGACGACUAUCUCAUCGACUACUUGAUUUCAAACGCACCCGAAAGCGACUUUGACUUGAACGAAUUCGUGCAAACUUUCGACGAGAAUCUAUCACGCACCGAAAGCACAAUCUCGGAAACAUUCUCCGAUAUUUUUGGGCCUCCCAGUAUGGACUUGGACGAUAUUGACUUGGAUUUUCAAGACUUGGAUCUUCUGCCUCCUGUUAACUCCUUCGGGACGUACCUUCGGAACCUCCCCGAGGACAGUUUAAUUGAAACAAAUGAAGACACAAGGGCCGAAUUCGGGCACUUGAUUGGGGCCCCAAUCGAGGAACCCCUUCCCGAAAACCAAAUUAUCCUGAACCAGGACGAAGCGCUCCUUCAGGACGCUGUGACCACAACCCUGCAAUGCCAAUGGGAGAACUGCUACCAGAUCUACGACCAUCAGACCGCUCUGGUCAAGCACAUCGAAAAGUGUCACGUUGAAGUAAAACGCGGGGAGGAAUUUGCCUGUUUUUGGGCGAACUGUCCGCGAAAAAUCAAGCCGUUUAACGCCAGAUACAAGCUCCUGAUCCAUAUGAGAGUACACAGUGGCGAAAAACCGAACAAAUGCCCGUUCGAGGGUUGUAAUAAGGCAUUUUCACGCUUGGAAAAUUUGAAAAUACACCAAAGGAGUCACACGGGGGAAAGGCCCUACCUGUGCCAAUUUCCCACCUGUACCAAGAGCUUUUCCAACAGUUCGGACAGAGCCAAGCACCAAAGAACACACUUUGAUACAAAACCAUACGCGUGUCAAGUGGUCGGUUGCACAAAAAAAUACACCGACCCGAGCAGUCUGCGAAAACACGUCAAGAACCACACAAGUGAAGAACAAAUGUUGGUGAAGAAGAAGGGUCAAGAUGAGUGCUUUGAUUCGAGUUAUGUGCGAAAAUUCUUCGAUCCGAAUCGGCAAAAAGCAGUCAAAAUAAGCGACAAAAACCAACUUUACACUGACCAUAAUUAUUCGUCCGAAGAACGAAAAUACGAUUCGGUCAAUAUUAGGCAAGACUUGAAGAACAAGAUCUCCGAAAAACGCUUGCGGAAGUUGUACUGAAGCAUUGUGAUAGAAUUUUGUUAUUAUAUUUUUGUAUUUUUUUCUAUUAAAAUUUUAUAAAUAUU